AUGGCCGCGCCGUCUUCUGCGUCUCACAUGAUUGUGGAGCCUUCGGUGACCGUGGGGGACCCGAUCCUCGUGCUCAACAGGAAAUGGUUCGACCUGAUGCUGGAGGGUGCGAAGACGCUGGAGAUUCGGCACCAGCGCUACAUCGGGAAGCGGCUCGUGGGCGAGAAGGGCGUGAUCUGGGGCAGUGUCACGCUCGGCGAGGACCCCUUCCAGAUCAUGAGCGACGCACCGGUGGCCGCCGACAAGAUUCAUCUGCCGUACGCAAAGACUUGGGCAAUGACCGUGAAGGACGUCACGUUGUUCAGCUCUUCUGUCAGGUACCUCAUCAUCGAAGGCCAGGAAGGCACGGCGACUUUCCGAGAAAUCCCAGACGGCUGGGAUCCUGAGAGGAGGUACAAGAAGGCCGACUACGAGAGGUACAUGAUCGACCAUGGCCACCCCGCGGGCAAGGGCAGGGGGGCGCGGAAGAGGCCCGCGGCGGCAUCUGGCACCGCGCGGAAACGACCCGCGGCAGCAAUGGACGAGGUUGAUGCAGCCGACCCCGCCAGCUCCGUCGCUGCGAGGCCACAGAAAGCCCGUCGAGCUCCGCGCCAGGCCUCGGCGGCCGCCGGCGUCGCUUCGCCUCGGCAGCCAGACCUUAACGUGCCCGUGCCGCCAGACGGGAGGUGCCUCUCCUACUGCGCGCUCGCCGCUCGCGACACGCGGGCGUGGAUGCGUGAGAGGGACGUCAACGGCUUCAUCCACGAUGACCCCGACAGGGAGGCGAGCGAGCGCGAGGAGGCCAAGGCGCUCGUGGACAGGAUCAUUAGCGCCAUGGAGGACGACGGCCUGCACCAGAAGGCCGCGCGCCUGCGGUUGGCGGGGGACGCAGGGUACCCUGGCGAAGACGAGCUCCCCUUCUACGCCAGGGUCCUCCAGGGGCGCAUCGAGCUCGACGACCCAGUGGGCUACUUGCGGAAACAUAAUUAUGCGGCGGACGACGACGUCGUCGACGCGGAGGCGCUGGAGAUCUACGCCAAGUCCGUGAACGGUCGUGUUGUGCAUGCUGCGCCGACCGUCGGCGGUGGCGCGCCCAUCCCUGUCAUCGAGUUCGGCGACGUUGGCACGCCGCUGCUGUACAGAGUGGCGUUCCAGAUGAAGACUGGUCCCGACGGCCACUCGUCGCCCCACUGGAUCCUCGCCUGCUCCUACUACAUGGCCAGGGCCGCCCGACCGCCGCCGAAACCUCGGGCGCAGUUCUACGACCUGGAGGCAGGGGCGUCUGGUGGCAGCGAAGACGAGUCCGACGGGUCGCAGGGCGCUGACGUCGACGAACAGGGCAACGUGGUCGGCCUCAUCGACGACGAUGCGGACGACGACUCGGACGACUCCUCCAACAGGCGCUUCUGGGAGGACGCGCUGAGGGACCAGGGCACCGCCACGCCCGACGCUGGUGAGGCAGCGCAAGGCACCGACACGACCGUGGCGCACCCGGAGGCCGAGGAGGCCGCAGGGUCCGACGAGCUCACCGCGGAGGAGAGACGGAAGGCACAGGAGGAGUGGGCCGACCAGCUUAUCUCCGAGGGGAUGCUGCAGCCGUGGGGCGAGGACGAGCUAUUCGAACCCGAGGGCUACGACCCCGACGGCGACCAGGUGCUGGGCGAGGACGACCUGCCGCUCUCCGACCUGGAGGACGCGCAAGACACGCAGCUACCUGACGCCGGAGGCGAUGGCGAUGGGGAUGCUGCCGAGGAGCCACCGCCGCCCAGGGCGGCGCGGAAGCGCCCUGCCAGCAAGGCGCUGCCCGAGCAGGAGGAGCAGCCGAAGCCGAAGCAGCGGCGUUGGGGCAAAGACCUGUGCCCAGGCCGAGAUGGAGGGCCGCUCUGUGUGUACGCCACUGACGGGCGCCCAGGCGAGAAGGCCCACGUACACCCGGCGCGGGGCGACCCGCGAUGCAUGUUCUGCGACGGCGACACCCUGCGGGCGCGGGACGCCGUCCGCAAGGGCCAGGACAUCACCAGCGCGCUCAAGAGCCUCAUGCAGUACGACCGCCCCGACCUCGUCGACGGCGCCCUCGACUUCAUCGCCGCGGUGCUCGGCCAGGAGAGGCGCGACAAGUACAGGGCCAACGCCGAGCGCGCGCUCCACCGACAGCGGAAGAGGGACAACCCAGUGCCCGCGACCGACCUCCAGAGCGAGUGGGAGGAGGCGCUAGAGCAUCGCGUGAGCGUGGUGCCGCGGCAGAAGAAGCAGACGCGAAGGGCCUACCCCACCUGGGUCAGGGACGACAGGAAAUUCCGGCGCAACAAAUUCAAGACCGCCCUGGACGACGACGUCGAGGACUGGGCGGAGCCGCAGGCCGUGGCCUUCACCAAGUGGGCGGAGCUCGCCUCCUGGGGCAUGUGCAAGAUCUGCAAACGCCUGGAGAAGAGGUCCUUCGCGCCCGCGGACGUGGCGGCGGCGAUGAUGCGCCUCCCCGACGCGGAGCGCAAGAAGGGCCGCAAGGCUGGCCAGCGCAGCGCCUGGAUCAACAAGUGCAAGUACUGCGCCAGUCCGCCAGAGAAGCGAGUGGGCUACCCCGCCGUCCAGAUCGAGGACAUCCCCGAGCCGCUGCGCCACCUCAGCGUGGACGCACUCGAGGCGUUGAGGCCGAUGGAGGUGUCCAUAGGGCCGCAUGCGCGGGCCGCACACGGAUGCAGGGUCCACACCGACAUGAUCGGCUUCCGCUGGAAGGCCACCGACGUCCUCACGGCCGUGAGCGAGCUCCCCGAGCGCCACCAGCGCAGGGCCAUGGACGCCCUCGAGUACCUCGAGGCGCACGACGACCCCGCCGAGGAAGACUUCUCCAGCUGGGCCACGCUCACGGACUACUACCUGGCCCACCCUCAGAAGAGCGCGUACUUCGCCAUCAUGCGCUUGCACAACAGGUUCCUCCGCAGGAACCGCAACGACCUCUCGCAGAAGAAGCGCCGCCUCGCGAUGCGCCUCGUGGAGCAGCUCGGCAUCGAGACGGCCAUCUGGCCCCACCUGUACCCGAGGGUGUCCAUGUGCGAGACCUACGUCCGCCUGCUGGACGAGCGGCGGAUGGUGCGCACGCGGGCCGCGCGACGGGCUGCGCACUUCGGCCAGGACGACGAGAAUAGCGACGACUCUGCCGACAGCGACGACGCAGAGGCCGACGGCAAGAAACGCCAGUCGCUCAAGCGCAGCUACACGGCCAAGGUCUUCUCGCCCGUGAUCGGCUACGGCGCCGACACCGAGCUCGCCCAGUUCGUCUACGACCUCUGGCUCUGGACGGCACUGGGGGGCAAGAAGCACGCUGCCAAGGUGCCAAUGCGCCUGGCGCUGGCUGGCAUGUCCUUCAGCCCCGAGUACUGGCGGACCUACCACUUCGCCCUCAUCGAUUUGCAGCGCCAGCUGGGCUUCCCGACCCUGUUCGUGACCCUGUCGCCGCUGGAGUGGUCCACGCCGUUCCACGUCUGGGUCGAGGACGAGAUGCGGCGGGCGCUGCGGUCGCGCACGUGGCUUCCGGCCGCGGAGACCUACCACCUCUCGCACGUGCUCACCCAGGCCAUCGUUGGGCUGCUGACUGGCACCCAGGGGAAGGCGCGGAGCGAGGCGAGCGCAGCGUGGACGCACCACGUUCUGGCUGGCAAGGACGCCGAGGGCAAGCCGACGCAGCGCGUGAUCACGCAGUUCGCGCGCAUCGAGUUCCAGGACGGCAAGCGCAAGCGCGGCGGGCCCAACGCGCGGCACGCCUACCACGGCAGCGGCCGCCCCCACGUCCACUGCCUCGUCUGGCUGGAGAAGGAGCAGCUCUACCACAUCGUCAUGGGCUCCCAGACCUCCACGCACGGCUCCCAUCCGUGGCCUGAGCGCAAAGAGGACUCUAUCUGGGACGAGCGGGGGAAGACGCUGAGGCUCCACCACACCGCCAGGGACCUGCACCACAAGCUCCGCGCAUAUAUGCCAGCCGUCAUCGCAGGCAUGAAGUCCCACAUGGACGUGCAGACCUCCGAUGGCCGCGGCAUGCUCCUGCGCUACGUCUCCUCCUACACCGCCAAGUUCUCCGACCAGUUCUCCUCCGAGUGGCUCAAUGACGAGGCCUCCGACUACGCCAUCAGCCGCCGCAUCCUCACGGAGUUCCACCCGCUCGAGCCCGAGAUGUGGCUCCAGCUUGCCGCAGCGGAGUACUCCCAGGUCCUCACGCACGGCACGGUCAAGAAUAUCCCCGUGCCCGUGCCGUGGAAGGGCAAUGAGAUGCCCGCGGUCGUCGAGCGCUACACGCGCAGCGCCUGGCGACCCGACCACAUGAGCCUCCUGGAUUACGUGCGGCGCUCCAACAGCAGGGGCGGCGUACACCGAGCGCUCCGCCUGCGCUACGCCAAUCUCCAGAAGGCGAACGACCCCUCCGUGGCCAACGUCGACCUGGAGACCUGGGCCGCGCGCGUGCCCAUGCGCGGCGAGGUCCUGGUGGCGGCGCGCUCCAACUCUCGCUUCAGCGACGAGUACUACGGCCAGUGGAUGCUCCUCCACGUCCCCUUCCGCAGCGUGGAUGAGCUCUGGCAGGAUGCCGCGGAGCUCGUACCGACGGGGUACAGGCUGUUCGCCCACUGCCUUCUCCACCGCCCUGACCUUUGGCGGAGCGAGGCAUGGUUGCGCGCCGACAUGCAGCUGGAGGCUCACCGCGACCCGACCAUCGACUCCAACGUGGCGAUGAUCAAGGCGCACAUCACCCUCGUCGACGACUACCUGGAGGGCCGCCUCGUGGUCGGGGAAGACCCCGAGCCGCCGCGAAACCACUACGCCUUCGAUGGCCGCAUUACCACCCUCGAGCCCGAGCAGAUACCCGUCGCCGAUCUCAUCACGAGGCGCUGGCACAGGGCGGUGGAGCUCGCCUGGCCCGACGACUACGAGGAGCACAACCACGGCCCGCCCGACGACGAGGACCCGCGCCCCAUCGCCGUCCUGGGGCCCGCGGGGAGCGGCAAGUCCUUCCUCAUCAAGGUCGUCAUGCAGGACGCCAUCGCCCAGGGCGCCCGCGUCCUCCUCGCCUGCCCCACGCGCCGACAGGUGGCGCGCUACCGCGAGGACAUGCCCGACCUCGACGUCGACAGCAUCCACAGGGCCUUCAACGUCUACCUCCCGGAGCAGCAGACGCUCCAGCGCAUGCAGGACUUCGACCUCGUUGUCAUCGAGGAGAUCAGCAUGGUCGAGAUGUGGAUCUUUGAGCGCCUCCUGCGCCUCUGGGACGCGGCCGCGCGGCGCCCUGCGCUCGUCUUCGUCGGCGACUUCCGACAGCUCCGCUGGAUGGACAGCCCGCGCGUCCUCGAGCACUGGCGCUGGGCCGACGUCGACGUGAGGGAGCUCAAGAUCAUGCGCCGCUGCAAGUGCCCCAUUCUCAAGAAGAGGCUUGAGCUCCUCCGCACUGCCACGCCGAGCAGGCCGCAGCUUGUGGAGAUCAUCAGGGACCAUCGCGCGCCUUCGCCCGGCCAUCGGGAUGUGGGCUGGUGGGAGCGCGAGGAGCCCACGGAGUACGAGAUCGGCCAGGUCUUCGAGGAGCACCCCACCACGACGAUCGUCACGAUCUCCAGGGCCAAGGCGGCGUGGGUCAACCAGGCAGCCUUGCGGCGCUUCUACUGGGAGCAGGAGCCGCUGGGCACCGUCGACGCCGACCCUGAGUUCAACCCCGACAACUUCUACGGCACCAAGCAGGUCAGCUGGCACAACAUGCGCCUCCCGAUCUACCAGGGCAUGCGCGUGGGCUUCACCGCCAACAUUCGCCCCGAGAUCGACUUCGUCAACGGCAUCGAGGGCCACGUGAUCAUGAUGGACCACACGGGCGUCUUGGUCAAGACCACCACGGGCCACAUGGUCAAGGUGCCGCCCUACACCAACCCCGAGUGGCGCAACGUUUACUACCCGCUGCGACUUGCGUACGCCACCACCCUCAUGAAGGUGCAGGGCGAUACCCUGAAGCAUAUGACGCUGUGGAUGGACACGCCGGGCGUGGAGGCAGCGGGAUACGUGGCAUUGUCCCGCGUUCAGCAUGACAAGGACUGGACGUUCGUCGGCUACCUGCAGCAGAAGCACUUCAUCCCGGCCAACAUCUCUGCGCUGCGCUGCAGCUGCGCUGCGGGGCUGCAGGGCUGCCAGGCGGCCCGCGGCAGGUUCGAGAACAGCUGGCCUAUGGAUAUCACAGAGGACGAUGUCGUCUAUUACGUGCAGCGCGUGUGCACUUUGAAUAAAUUUGCGGCGGCGCCUGGCGUCCUAUCCGAUGCGAAAGAGAGCCUGGAGCCGUGGCUCACACCUAUCAUCGCUUGGCGUGAGGGUGUCUACAUGGACAUGCGGCGCUAUGGGCGUACGACCGCUGCCACUGCGGGAGUCGAAAAGAGCGAUUGUGUGAGCCUGCCCUCUGUGUAUCUCGUGGUGCGGCAACAUUGUCUGCGUAUCAAGUUCAUGCGGAUGGCGCCCAAGCGCAAUCCAGGCCCGCCCGUGGUCCGCUAUCCCGCGUACGUCGCGAACUGCGCGGACCCGGUCAUGAAGCGCCGCAUGAAGAAACUCGUGCGGGAGGCGUUCCUAUCGCGCCUGCAGGAGAAACUGACGGCGCAUCGCAACAAGUUAUUGCGCACGAAGCUCAAUGGCAUCGAGGACUUGGCGGCAUCGGCGCUACGGCAUGACCAGGAUCUAUUCGAGCGCAACGCUGACGAGAUUAAAGAUGCGCGCAAUGUCAUCGACCAGGAGUGGGCUGAGGUGGCCGCUAUCAUGGGCAUCGAGCCACCUGAUCAGCAGGACUAUGCACGGGACACCUCGGUGGUCCCGGAGCUGAGUCUGGAAGAGGAAUCGUGGUUAAUGGUUAUCGUGCAGAGUUCUCAGAACUAUUACAUGACCAUGGGGCAGAGGUUGUGGGACCUGGAGGUGGCCUGGAUGUUCGUUGCCGCUGGAUGGAACCACACCGUCCUCCUCAGGAGCGACGGCACGGCCGUGGCUUGCGGUAACCAUUUCUUUGGUCAGUGCGAGCUUCCGGCGCUGGUGGACAGGCAGGCUUUCCUUCAAGUUGCCGCUGGAGGCGCCUUUACAGUUCUGGUCAGGAGCGACGGUAGGGCCGUCGCCUGCGGUCGGAAUGGGUUAGGUCAGUGCGAUGUCCCGGCGCUACCGCGCGGCUUGACCUACACGCAAGCUGCUGCUGGCGCUAGGCACUCCGUCCUUCUCAGGAGCGACGGCAUCGCCGUGGCCUUCGGCUGGAAUCUAUCAUGCCAGUGCGACCUCCCUGUGUUGCGGGAGGGCUUGACUUACACUCAGGUGGCUGCUGGACCUGCGCACACGGUUCUUCUCCGGAGUGACGGCCGGGCCUUGUCAUGCCUCUCCUUUGGGCUUUCGGGCCGUCGGUGGUCUGUCGAUGUGGCGCCGCGUGGCGUUGCUUACACGCAGAUUGCUGCUGGUGAUGAGUUCAACAUUUUUCUUCGGAGCGACGGGGCAGCUGUGGUCCGCGCAGGAUCUGCGCCCUGGCGGGGCUAUUUAUACGCACAGGAUAUUCCUUGCCUUGAUGAUGGCAUUCUUUACACGCAGGUUGCUGCUGGCUAUGACCACGCCGUGCUACUCAGGAGCGAUGGCACGGCGGUGGCCUGCGGCCCACCGCAUCUACGAGCGGGGGCAUGCUGUAUCCCGCCGCUGGCCGCUGGAAUGACUUACACUCAUGUAGCUGCUGGAGAGGUGCACACUGUCCUACUGAGGAGCGACGGCACGGCCGUGGCCUGCGGCGUGCACGUUGACGGUUUAUGCGCGCUCCCGGCAAUGACGGGUGACUUGAUAUACGUGGCGCAUUUGUUUCCACCGUUGCUAUUACAGGCCUCGUUCGAUGGCAAUUGGAUCAGCUUUGAUACCCUUGCAGGGGUGCACCGUGGCAGGAUCGCGGCGGCCGCCACCGAUUGCUUGAAGGAUAUCUAUGAUCAAAUGAUGGCUGAGCAUCGCGCUGGCAGGCUGGGCGCUGGAUUCUGUUGUGUCGACGCGGUGUUGCCGGGGGGGGCGCUGCUCAGCGAAUGCCCGGCUGGGCUGACUGUCGCCAGCGCCCUCGGGCUUCGGCGUCGGCGUGUGCAUGGCAAGCGCCACCGCUCGGCGUACGUCGCGUGA